AUGGCCUCACCUCAGGACCUGGAAGCUCCCAUGACGGAGAAGAAGGUUGCCGUCGUCUCGGACCAGUCCGACAGCACAAGCGAGACGAACGGCGAGACUGACCUCGUCACUGUGGAAGGUCAAUACACGAAGGAGGAGUAUCACAAACUCAAGCGCAAAGUCGACAAGUACCUCCUCCCGCUCAUGUGGAUAUGCUAUGGCAUCCAGCAAACCGACAAAACUGCCCUCGGCACCCAGGCCAUUUUCGGUCUGCGUGAAGAUACGGGCUUGAAGGGGCAGCAAUACUCGUGGCUGACAACAGUCUUCUACAUCACAUACAUGUGCUUCGAGUUUCCAAGCAACAUCGUCCUCCAACGCUACAAAAUGGGUCGCACCCUCUCCGUGUACAUGAUCUGCUGGGGCAUCGUCGUCCUCUGCAUCGGCUUCGCACAGAACUUCACCCAGCUGGUCGCCCUCCGCGCCCUUCAGGGAGCCUUCGAGUGCUGCAUCUCGCCCGGGUUUCUCUUGCUGGUUGGUACGUGGUACAAGACGCGCGAGCACGCUUCUAGGGCGCUCGUCUUCCAGAGCGCCAACGCCGGAUUCGGUGUCAUUGCGAAUUUGAUCAUGUACGGGAUUGGAGCUUCGACGCAGCAUAAGGAGGGCGCGGAGCCGUGGCGGUACAUCUCCUACUUCCUCGGCAGUCUUACCACCGCCAUCGGAUGUCUCUGCUUGUUCCUUCUGGGUACCCCUUCCGAGGUGAAGUGGUUGACCCAGGCGGAGAAGGAUAUGGCGAACGCGCGCAUCAUGUCCAACAACACAGGCCACGACCGCACCGCCAUCAAGGGAUGGAAGUGGAAGCAGGUCCGGGAGUGCCUCAUUGAUCCCUGCUUCUGGUUUGCUGGCGUCAACGCUUUCCUUAGCUCUGUUCCCAACGGAGGUCUUACAACGUUCAGCAGUAUCAUCAUAACUUCUUUCGGCUUCAGUAUGUGUUACCUUAUGUCUCUAUAUCUAAUGCGGAUUACUGACAACAACAAAGCCAACCUCCAAACGAUUCUUAUCGAAAUCCCCCGCUCCGUCAUGUCCGUCAUCAUCUUUAUCGGCGUCGGUCUUCUCACCAGCAAGCGCGCCAACCUCCGCCUAUGGAUCAUGGCCACUUCGGUCCUCCCGCCCUUCGCCGGCUUCCUGGGCAUGUCCCUUCUCCCCAACGAUCCGGCCAUCAAGUGGAGCAAGUGGGGUUGCUACUUCAUCACGGUGCCCUUCGUCUUGGGUCUCUUCCUCGCGUGGUCCCUCAUUCCGAGCAACACGGCCGGCCGCACAAAGCGCACCAUCACGAGCAGCUUCACGUUUGUCGGGUACUGUGUGGGGAACAUGGUCGGUAGCCAGAUCUUCAAGUCUAAGGACGCGCCCAAGUACACUCCUGGCACAAUUGGGUGUGCGAUCUGCUUCGGAUUGGAGUUCGCAUUGGUCUUGACAUGGCGGUGGGUGCUGGUCAGGAGAAACAAGAAGAGGGACGCUGCUAUGGCUGCCGAUGGGCUGACGGCUGAGGAGAGGGCGAAGAGGGGCAAGGAGUAUGGCGAACAGGACUACACUGAUUUCGAGAACCCUUACUUCCGAUACACACUCUAG